AUGAAUCUCCUCCACCCCAACUCGCUCGCGCUCGACGUCGCGAGCCUGCAGGGCUUCGAGCCGACGCUGCAUGAGUACGACGCGCUGCUCAAGGCGCUCGGGGCGGGGGCCUGGUUCCGUGACUUUGAUCGCAGGCUCGCAGCACAAAUUCGCCACGGCUGA